AUGUCGAAAAAGUUUGGUAUUAAUACAAAAUCAGCAGAAGCUCGUGCAAGAAAAGAUGCUGUUAAAGAAUCAAACAAUCGUGAUAAACAACAAAAAUUAGAAGAUGAAUACUGGCGUGAUGAUGAUAAACAAAUACAAAAAAAACAACAAAGAAAAGAUGAACAACCUAAACGAACUACUAUUGAUGACAUUCCACUUGAAGAAAAUAUUAAUCGUUUACAAAUUGAUGGUGCUUCAGCUCGAAAUGUUGAUGAUGCUGUUCAUGUGUUACGAUCAACUGAAGCAAGUGUUGAUACUCAUCCUGAAAAACGUAUGAAAGCAGCAUAUGAAACAUUUGAAAAUGAAAAUCUUCCAAAAUUAAAACAAGAACAUCCAACAUUACGUUUAUCACAAUUAAAACAAUUAUUAAAAAAAGAAUGGAUGAAAUCACCUGAUAAUUCAUUUAAUAAACCAACUAAAGCAUAUAAUGAACUUGGAAAUUCAAAACAAUAUAAUUUACCGGAAGAAAAAGAUUCUAAUAAUGAUGAUUAA